CGGAGUCCUGGUUUACGCGAGAAGAAAAACCGUCACAGAAAGCAGGACAUGGCGACGGCAGGGCAUGGGUCUCCUACCGAAGUACUUCAGAACUGGUGUGAGGGAUCUCCUACUGGUGUUCCCCAGGUUGAUUGCGAUAGCAAAACAAGCAAUGCUGGAGACCAGCGGACAGCACAAAAAGUCACCUUAAAAAGCGCUGGUGAGAAACCCUUCAUGUGUGGAGAGUGUGGGUACAGAGCAGCUCAGAAGGCUUCCUUGUCUGUACACAUGAGAACUCACACAGGAGAAAGACCCUACAAGUGUGACCUGUGCGACUAUUCUGCUACACAGAAAAUCAUUUUGGACAACCAUAUAGCAGCAAAACACACUGGUGACAAACCCUACAUGUGCGGGGAGUGUGGAUAUAGGACAGUUCAAAAGUCUACCUUAUCCGUACAUAUGAGAAUCCACACUAGAGAAAAACCUUACAAGUGUGACCAGUGUGACUAUUCUGCGAAACAAAAAUUCCACCUCGAUCUCCAUGUGGCAGCAAAACAUACCGAUUAG